AUGGAAGAAACGCGAAUAUGGGAAAAACGCGAAUAUGGGAAAAACGCGAAUAUGGGAAAAACGCGAAUAUGGGAAAAACGCGAAUAUGGGAAAAACGCAAAAAUGGGAAAAACGCAACAAUGGGAAAAACGCAAAAAUGGGAAAAACGCAAAAAUGGGAAAAACGCAAAAAUGGGAAAAACGCAAAAAUGGGAAAAACGCAAAAAUGGGAAAAACGCAAAAAUGGGAAAAACGCAAGUAUGGGAAAAACGCAAAAAUGGGAACAACGCAAAAAUGGGAAAAACGCAAAAAUGGGAAAAACGCAAAAAUGGGAAAAACGCAAAAAUGGGAAAAACGCAAAAAUGGGAAAAACGCAAAAAUGGGAAAAACGCAAAAAUGGGAAAAACGCAAAAAUGGGAAAAACGCAAAAAUGGGAAAAACGCAAAAAUGGGAAAAACGCAGUAAUGGGAAAAACGCAAAAAUGGGAAAAAAAAAAUCCGAAAAUCGAAAAAAUGGAGAAAUCGAAAAAAUGGAGAAAUCGAAAAAAUGGAGAAAUCGAAAAAAUGGGGAAAUCGAAAAAAUGGGAAAAUCGAAAAAAUGGGAAAAUCGAAAAAAUGGGAAAAUCGAAAAAAUGGGAAAAUCGAAAAAAUGGGAAAAUCGAAAAAAUGGGAAAAUCGAAAAAAUGGGAAAAUCGAAAAAAUGGGAAAAUCGCAAAAAUGAAAUCAGGAAAAAUACAAAUAUGGGAAAGCAAAAUACGGGAAAAACAAAAUAUGGGAAAAUCACAAAUAUGAGAAAAUCGCAAAGAUGGGAAAAUCGAAAAUAUGGGAAAAUCGAAAAAAUGGGAAAAUCGCAAAAAUUAGAAAGAUGCAAAAAUGAAAAAAAUCGCAAAAAUGGGAAAAACGCAGUAUGGGAAAAUCACUAG